AUGUUCGGCAACGACGACAAGUACUGGGUCAAGUUGAUAGAGAGCACAAAUGCAUGCCUAAGUGAUCAUAAAGAAGCCUUCAACUUCCACAUGUUUGUACCAAAGAAUCCUCGAAUCUCACUUAUCGAAGGUCUGAGUGCCCCCUUUGGCGAAGCAAAAUCACAUUGUAACGAAUCACUGGAUCGGGCUGGGAUAAUAGAUACCCCGGCCCGGCCUGUAAUGCCGAGUCAACAGCCGGAUGCCCUUACGGCACCCGGCCUAACUGGCCUAACCGGCCUAAUUGACAGGCCAGUCUUCCACACAAUACCUUGGUGCACGUACGCGUGA